UUCAUAUAUAUUCCAAAUUUAAGUAAAAUAAUAUAAGUCCUAUAGUCCAGAUUCUGCAAAUUAAUAAAUAGUUUUGCAAAAUGGAAAUUAACUACCAUUUUAUUCAAGUAAUGACAACUAACCUCAAAUAACUUUGACAGUCUCUUCUUAACAAAAACAAAUAAAAAUGGUAAGAAAACGGUCUCGUACGGCCCGUAAAUAUUAUGAUGAAAAUGACAGUGAUAGCGACUUUACAUUAGAAGAUCCUCCAAGUGAACCUGCACCAAAAAAAUAUAGUUUGAGACAGAGGAAGCGUCGUCUCUUUACCGAAUUUGAAUUUGAUGAUGACGGAGAUGAGAUAGAACCAACAAAAGUUCCUUCUGAUGACGACGAUUUCCAGGUUGAGAAGGAACUAGAACUUGAUGAAGCCCCAGGCACGGAAUAUAUUGAUAAAGAAACUUAUAUAAACCAUUACGAGCCUGAAAAUGAAGACAUACCUGAAGAUGCCGAUGGUCUGAUAGAUUUUGAGGAUAUGAUAAGGGCAGAUAUAGUAGUUAAUAAAAAUCGGAUUGACUAUGAUAAUAUCAUACAAAAAACUGAGAUUAAAGUGCAACCUAUCGUAGAAACAGUACAACCAGUAAUGAAAUCAAAAAGAGGCCGUAAGCCCAAGGUAAGGCCUGAAGGAGAAAUCGACAGUAGUCUACUAGAACCAGAAACUGAAAUGCAAGAAACUGAAUUUUACGACAAAGAUGAUGGAGAUUACAACCCUGCGGAUGAUUUAGACAAUGAGGAACUCAUUGAUUGUGCACAACUUAUGCAUGCCGAGCUAUCAGAAUGUGCAAAUGAAACUUCAGCCAGUAUCCCCAAUGAGAUUAGUAAUGAAGCAAACACAGAAGAUAGCACAACGCCAGCAUAUGUAGCGCCGAAAGAGGAAGAUAUUAAACCAGAUAAUGUUGCUGACAACACCGACAUAGCACAGGACCUUUUAACAAAGGUUAAUGAAGAUAUUGCUUCAAACAUAAAUCAAGAUACAGUAGAUAUUAAAGGAAAAGUAUCCAUGGAAGAGUGUUCCAAUAAUAUUGUAACUGCAGAUGAAACGUCGUCAAAAGUCGUGAAUACAGGAAUUGUGGAUGUCGACGAUGAUGAUGUUGUUCUCGUCGAGGAUGAAAAGAAAUGUGAAGUUAUCGUUUUAGAUGACUAAUUUUAUAAGAUUCUGAAAUUUCGUUUCUGUUUUAAAUGUUCUGGAUAGUUUUAUAGACUGAUCGUUUUACUUUUGAAAAGUUGACCGUUUUACUUUUGAAAAGUAACAGUUACUUAUAUUGUUCAUAGAAUUUUUGAGUUACUUUAUACUGGUUUGUGAUAAAUAAGUAAGUAAUGAAUAGUGCUUACUAGGGACGUUUAUUUUGAAAAAGUAGUCAGGUUCCUAUACGGCUCCAUAUAAAAAUGUGUCGGAAGGGUAAACGUUACAAUUUUAUUGGUGCACAACGUAUUUGAUUGACGCUGUUUUCUAUAAUUACGUUGGAACCUGAAAUAAAAUUUUAUGCUUGCCAUAUUUAAGAUUAUUUGAAAAUAUAUAAUUUUUUUAACA